AUGACUACUAUCGGCAACCUCCACGACGUGUAUAGUGGUAGUUUUAUAUUACUCGAUACGGUUAUACCCUUUAUACGUAACUAUCGUAAUCGGCUUAUCGGGGAUAAUAUAUCGAAAGAUAGAGACAUAUCUAUAGAGGCCUUCGACCCGAUUCGGGUAAGGAGUUUAACGAGGGUAGUAACCACCUUAACGGGAAGCGGGUUAGUAAAGUCCGUAGAGCGGGUUAAAGGUCUAGUAAUAAGACUCGCUAUAAAUAGACGAAACGUGACCGUAGCGUUAAAACACGGGCGCGUGUCUAUACCGGCAUAUACCGGCAUAUAG